GGUGUGGAGUUUGGAGCUCGUAUGGUCAACAUUGAUGGAAAACAAAUCAAACUGCAAAUCUGGGAUACGGCUGGGCAAGAAUCCUUCCGUUCUAUCACCCGUUCCUACUACAGGGGAGCAGCUGGAGCACUGCUGGUGUACGACAUUACAAGGCGUGAAACCUUCAACCACCUGACCUCAUGGUUAGAGGAUGCCCGGCAGCACUCUAGUUCCAACAUGGUUAUCAUGCUCAUUGGGAAUAAGAGUGACCUAGAGUCCCGCAGGGAUGUGAAGAGAGAAGAAGGAGAGGCCUUUGCUAGGGAGCAUGGACUUAUAUUCAUGGAAACUUCAGCCAAAACAGCCUGCAAUGUUGAAGAGGCCUUCAUUAACACAGCCAAAGAAAUAUAUAGGAAGAUCCAGCAGGGUUUAUUUGAUGUCCACAAUGAGGCCAAUGGCAUCAAGAUUGGGCCCCAACAGUCAAUUUCAACAUCAGUGGGACCCAGUGCCUCCCAGCGGAACUCUCGUGACAUAGGGGCCAACUCUGGCUGCUGCUGAACAUCUGGCUUGAACUCUUUUUUUCCUUUCUGGAAUAGCUUCAGAUCAAUAGGCUUAAUGAAAGAGGUCUUUCUUGCUUUGGCUGAGAGGAACCUCUUUUAAGGUGUGAUGUUUUGCCUUUCCUUCUAAAGACCAGGGGAGUAUUUGGGCCCUUACUGACCUGUCCUCCUUCUGGGACAUGAGCAUUCCCUAUAGAUUAGGGCUCUUCUUAUCCUCCUAUACUAAUUUCUAAAAUGUUAGGAUCAAAGCUGGUUAUCACAGUAGUUAAAAAAUAAAUAAUUUCAUAAGCAUAUACAAUCCACUCCCCACUAAGAAUUAGGGUCAAGGACAUUCUGCUUGAACACUUACAGUUACCAGGAUCUGGUUGGCCUUUGGAUGAUAGAUCCUCUGCCUAGGAAUUUCAUUUAGCUUUUAAAUUCCUUGCCUUUGGGGGUCUACUUGCCACUUCCUAAGAAUUCUUGUAGAAGGUGGUUCCUUCUACUUGGACAAGAACACUGAGUACUUCUCUACUAUCCUAUUGUUAGCUUCUAUCUCUUAGCGUAACUUCAAAACUUUUGAAAGCAGUGGAGUUGGUCAGGGACAUGUGACCACUUAUUACCUAAAGAAAAUAUUUGUUCCCUGUUCAUUUUAUUUUAGGGACCAGAUCUAACAUUAUAGUGUCUUUUACCAGACAGACUUCUAUUGUUUCAUCAAACUCACUUCUUAACUAGACCUAGACUUUCUACUCCAAUCAAGCUAAUCUACUUACUGAACGUGACAUGUUUAUUCCUAGUUUCAUACCUUUGCACAUGCCCUGCUCUCCACUAACUAUAUACUUAAAAGUUCAAAAAUUUUUUCUUUUGUAACAGACUUAGGGACUUCUAAGCAAUUAUUAACACAAUAUCCCUUAGUUUUCAUAUGUUGGUUAUUCAUAUGUAUAUUUAUAUGCAUAUUUAUUUUUAUGUAUGUUACUAUGUAAAUAUGUUUUGCAAUUGUUUUUGUGUGGAAUCUUGUCUUUCCAUAUAAGUUGUAAGCUCCUUGAGAGCAGGAUCUGUGUCAUUCCUUUAUUUUUAUAAAUCACUCCCUCCACCAUUCCUGUACCUAGUGUUACUCAUUAUGUGUUCAUUGAAUUUGACUGACAUACUUAAAAACUUAAGGUUUAUUUUGUACUUUAAAGGAAACAAAAGACUUUAGAGUUAUCUCUUUGUAAUUCUGCCCCUCUCAUUUGUUUACCCUGGGGUUCUAUACUGUUCUUUUCCUUCCCCUCUCCCACCUCUCCGACCUUUCCUUGUCUCUUUGCCUUCAUGCCAUGCAGCAUACAGUAAGGCUGCCUGCUACCAAGCAGUCAGAUAAGUGCGCGCCUAUCCAGCCAUUCUCUUUUCAGAGCACUUAAUACUAUCUUAGCCAAAUUUGCCUUUGCUUCACUCAUCAUGCAGCCUUCUGGGUCAGUUGCUAUAUUUAUCUUUUUUGCUUGAUGUCCCAUUCUCUUCCACAGCUCUGAGGUCUCAUGAAUUUUUCUACUUUCUUUUUGCUGUCGAUGAAUUGUUUCAUUAUUAAAUAUAUGCAUGUAUUAAAGCU